UUUGAUUCCCUGCUGAGCCAGGUGGUUGUCGAGGCAGUGGAGGAGGUCCCUCUGGCGGAGGUACUGCCCAACACCGGGAAGCCCCCCAAGGGCAGGGGCAGGGUAUCUAAGGCCACCCCCCCUAGGAAGAUCUGGAGCCCCAAGAAAUCCAACCUCAACCAAAGGCUGUCGGCCGUCUGGGGCAGGAAGGAAGUGGUCCUCCGGGUCAGGCCUGGUGUGAGGACCCGGAGUCAGACAUCUCUGGAGUCCUUGGACUCCUUCAAGUCCCUGUCGUAG